AUGGAUUGUGUAAAAUUUAUGAAUGUGGUUUGUGUUUUUGCAAUUCCUUUUUUUGUAAAUAUAAUAGUAAUAAUACUAAUUAGAUAUCGCUUUAUUUUAUAGUUGAAUUUUAACCAAACUUUUAUAAAUAUCCGAAAUCAGAUCCAAAGAAAUUGAAGGAAGCUAUUAUUGUUGCAUUAAUUGUAAAACUGAUAUUUAUAAAAGCUACAUAUCAUAUUGAGUAUUGUAUUAACACUUUGGCAUUAAAGAAGAGUUAAAGCAAAAAAAUAAAUGUAGAAAAUUGGAGAUAAUUAUUAUUAAAUUCAAGGAAAUAUUCAAGGAUCAUAAGAUUCAGAUUGAC